AUGAGCAACAACACCCAACAACAGCUACCAAAGAGAGAUCUUUUGGAAAGCCUUCGCAAGUACAAUAACAAACUGCUUAACCUUAAUCACAUCAAGAAGAAUGAGGCUGGAGAUACUGUAAACCAGCGUGUAGAUAACGAUCAACAUGAGAACGAUCAAGAUCACUUUUCGGAUCAUAUAGAAGGAUAUUUUACUCCCGAGGUCGUUAUUGAGGCUAAUGAGCCUUCAUCAUCCAAUUCUUAUUUGGAUACUAACGAAUUCCUCAAGCUCAGCGUUUCUCCUUCCAAAACCUUUACUCCCAGCCGAGAGAGAUUGUUUAACGACAUUCAGGGUGAUGGACAAGAAAAAAGUACCUCAAUAACACCCGCGGAAAUCGAGCCAUCAUUGACGAAUAACGAACCAAGAUCUCUGAGUGGCAAUUUUUAUGAGCAGAGCAAUGGAAUUCCAUUGCGAGAGAAAAUCAACAUCAGACUGGAAGAAAAUAAUGAACUCCGAAAACAAAUAGAGGAAUUGGAACGAAAAUUAGCAGAGGGUGCUCAUUCCAACAAAACUAACGCGAGCAUGAAUGAUUCAGAAAAGACGUACUAUUUUGAAAGAUCACUUAUGGAGAUUGAUUCAACUGGAAUACCAAAAGGCCGAGAAGAUAGUGACUUUAAAAAAUCGUAUGAGCUCAUUGUCAAACUCAAGAGCAAACUUUCAAGAGAGAAAGAACGAUAUGAAGCGUUGGAAAGAAGAAAAGAGGAGUCUAUCAAAAUGAUGAACAAACUUGUGGAGCACUUCAAAACUGAAAAUUUAAGACUAUCGCAGCAACUCGAUCUGGUCAGAAAAAAUUCAGAUUACGACGUCGAAGAUCUUAACCAACAAAUACAGAAUUUGAAAAAUGCAAAUGUUUCACUGCUAGAAGAAAUCAAUUCUCUAAGAAGUUCAAGAGGUCAAGAACAAGAAAAAAACGACAUGGAAGUUGAAAAGCAAAUCAAAGAACGAGUGAGAUUGCAGUCUGACAUUGUUGAGCUGAAGAAGGAUAAUUUACUGCUAAAGGAGAAAAUUCAGAUAUUAGAGGAAAGUGUUAAAGUUGCUGAGGAUAAACGCGAUGAACUGAUACAUCAAUACGAACAUGAAGAACUACCUGCUUGGAGAAAAAAAUAUGAAGCCUCUGAAAUCCAUAACCAAGAACUACAAACCAAAUUAGAGGAAUACAGAAACGAUAAAGAAAAAUCGUUGAACGAGCUAAAAGAACGGUAUAAAAACAAAGAGCUAAUGCUACAUGAAAACAUAAAACGCCUUGAGGAAGAGCUACAACAUCAAAGAGAGCAACACAAGCAAGCAGUUACAUCCUUACUGGAGGAAAAGAAAGACGCUGAAACACAACUGCAGGAACAGGUGAAUUUAACAGAUGAGUCGCGAGUGCAGCUUGUGUCCUUAAAGACAUCAUUAGAAGACAUUGAAGCCAAUAUUUUACAACAUUUGCUACAAGAGCAGGAGCAGCUAGCAAUGGAUUUAUCGGAAUUUGAGUCGUUUAUAUCUGAUUACUGCUCGAAUAGAGCACGAAAAGAAAUACAGCGCCUCACUUCUGAGCUUAUUGAAUUGAAGAAUCAGUUAAGCUUAGCAACAGAGCAGAGUGAAAUACUGAGAAAGCAGCUUUCUAUUUCUCAAACAGAGCUGGAGGAAACAAAAACAGCGUUCCUUAAAUGCGACCAAACGUUGUCUCAGAUUGAGUCCCAACGCAAAUCACAAUCUGAAAGGCAUAAAAUAGAGCUUGAGGAAGUUAGAAACGAGUUCAAGAAUCAGAUAUAUAUCAUAAAGUCCGAGAAAGAAAGCAUAGCUGAGAUGUUAAAUCAAACCAAGAACCAGCUAAAUAGUGUUCAAAUCAAAUCAGAUCAACACCAAAAAGAAAGGUUGGAGAUACAGCAAGAAAUAAUCUAUUUAAGGAAAAGAAACAACGAGCUGGAGGCAACCUUUAGCACAAUCGACUCUGAGAGACAGAGGUUGCAGUCAGAGAACGGGGCUCUCUCAAGGUCGAUAGAACAGUUGAAGGAAAGCUUAGAGCUAAAAAACGAUGAAUAUCGUGCAUUAAUGGAGCAUUCUAGAUCUUCAAUUCAGGCCUUACAAUUGAAGUUGAACAGAGAGCAACAGUUAUUCCAAAAGUAUGAAUACGAAAACAACUUGAAAUUUAAAAAUCUGAAUGAAAAUAUCAUCCACAUAGAAGGAUCAAAAGCGGAUUUAAAGAAAAAGCACAAGGAAGAAAUGCAACAGCUCAGUAAUGAAAUUGCACUCAAGCAGCGACAGAUUGAAAACUUGAAUACAGAAAUAUCUAAAGGAAAGCAUGACCUAAACGUUGCUCAGUCACAGUUUAGAAAAGAGCUAGAAGGAAAAGAGAGCGAGGUUCAAAAAAUCAAGAGAGAACGACAGCAAUUAGAACACAGUUUGACGAUAAAAGAAAGGGAAAAAGAGUCCUUAAAACUACGUCUGGAGAUGAUGGAAAGAGAGUUAGAGAGAACUAAGAGUUUACUCAAUAAAUAA